AUGCGUCGACAACUAUACCUUGACACCCAGGUUGCUCAAAACCAGAACCAAAGAUACUCUUUCAUCGAAACUCCUGUGGAAAUGCAUGCUGGAAGUCAACUUCCUGGGCCUUCAUCUCCACCUCCACAUUUACCUGUGGACUCUAGCCAAGUUGUGCAGCCUCAGCAUGCGAUUGAUCAACCUCCGCAACAGCACCAGCAACAGCACCAGCAACAGCACCAGCAACAGCACCAGCAACAGCACCAGCAACAGCACCAGCAACAGCACCAGCAACAGCACCAGCAACAGCACCAGCAACAGCACCAGCAACAGCACCAGCAACAGCACCAGCACCAGCACCAGCAACAAGAACGAAUCCAAUCGCAUCAAUACAUACCAACUGAGAAAGAGCGACAGCUACAAGAAGAGGGCAUCAUUCCUACAUACUCCCGAUACCCUCCACCAGAACAACACCCAGCUUUCCAGGCCCCAUUCGCAACUUCCCCAGAGCCCCAACAGUCCAUCCAAAUACCCCAAUAUGCCUAUACCAACCCACCAAGCUCCCCAGGGCCAUUACCUCUUAAACUCCGCGAACCACCCAAACGAAGCGAAAUGCUCUCAAUAGAACCCGAUGCAAAUCCAUUGCAAUCACCAAAAACCUCCUACUUCCCUCCACCUGCGACCCCUGCCUUGAACUCAUCACAAGCCCCGCCGGCGGAGGAUUUGAGUGCAUUCCACAACCCCGGACAGAUAAUGCAUCCAAACCAGGAGGUACAAGGUGGAACGUGGACUCAUGGUUUAUGCGAUUGUUCGAAUAUCGGAAUCUGUUGUUUGGGAAUUUUCUGUCCAUGUAUAUUGUAUGGGAAGACUCAGCACCUUUGUUCUGCGGAUGUCAAUGGCUUCUGGCUACAAUCCAACACACGAGAACAAGAAAAGCGUAUGGGAUUGAAGGAGAUGUUUGUUCAGACUGUGCUCGAGCGACAUGUUGUACGUGUUGUACUUUGA